UAUGUUGCAAACAUUACUUGAUUCUAUCUUUCACCUUUUUCUUAUUAUCUGAAGAAACGGCGAAACCGCUCUCUCAAAGGACAUUUACGUUUUGUUCGUUGCAAUUUUCUUUCCAAAUCCAGUGUAGACAGUUUUACUUCUGCUGGAAAUGAAUGUGGGCGAGCACGGAGGGGUUGGUGGGGGUGGUGGAGGCGGGGUAGGGGGAGGAGGGGGGCAUCACUCUGCCUCCGCUCACGUGAAUGGCCACACCUUUUCGGGAGGGGGAGGAGGGGACAUGAAGAGCCUGAAGAACAUCCAGUUGAGACUGGACCAGCUGGUCGGUGAGUUCCACUCUCCCAACAGAGAGGACGGAUUCCAGCAGAUGUUGCAGAAGAUGGAACAGGUGAGAAACUGUCAGCAGAGUCUGUGCAUAGCGCACUUUGAGAUGGAGAAGUCUCUGGACAAGACAGUGACCGUGGACGGACACAGUUCCACAGCAGACGACCAGUUCAGACACUUCGACAAUCUCUCCGGUAGACUCACUGCACUCAACGACGCCAUCAAGAACCUACAUCCACACCAACACCCGGACACCACUGAACAGCAGAGUGGGAGCAGGGCGUCCAACAAGUUCAGAUAGCAGAAAAGACUAAGAAGAAUAAGAAGAAGCAAAUUGAAUAAUCUAAACCAAGUCAGUGCAACGGGUGCAAUGCGACGAAGAUCUUUUUGGCGAUAAUUUUUUUUUACAAAAUUUAGUGUGCAUUUUUUAGAUCAUUUAUAAAAAAGAAAGAAAUUUAAUCUAAUUUGUGUAGAUUUUGUUAAUUGUUAGUCUAUUGUCAAUUUUUUUUGGCUGUGUGGCCGUGCUAAAGUGUGUCUGUAAGUCCUUUUUUCCGAAUGACUAUGGUUUUAUCCUUGAGCUUCUGCUGAUAAAUUAAUGUUUAUCCUUCUUACUUAUAUUAAUCCGAUAUUCGAUGCAUCGGGCUUAAUUUGCCCAACUCGAAUUGCGUAAUGCCUGCACAAAGUAACUGAAGACACUUUUUGACUUUACUGCAUAACACGGAAAGCGUUAAUUACGAUUUUGAUUGGUUAAAAGUCAUUGAAAUCGAAGUUAGUGGAAUGCCGACUCAGAAUAAUAGAGCGAGAGGAGGAAGGAAGGAAAACAAGAAAGAGAGGAGAUGGAGGAGUCAGGAGGUCAGCAUUGCACAUCCUGAGAACAACCAGCAGGGUGGUCCAAAAACUAACUUUUCUAGCCAAGCAAUAAACUACUACAAUUAAACGGUCACGUAGAAGCCUGUCGGUUGUAAUUUUGAGGUGGGAUAAUGAAAGGUGAAACUGUAUCCUUUUUUACAAUUGCUGGAAAAUGUCUUUUGAAAAUUGGGAGUUUUUCUUCCAGUAAUUAAUUUAACUUUUUUAGGCAGCUUUAGUUAAUCGAC